AUGGCCGGAUCCGGCGACUGCGCCGGCGGAUCUACCGUCGGGGUGGAGCUGGCGCUCGGGGCUGCGCGGAUGCGGAGAGGACCGACGCGGGCGGCGCGCGGAGUAGGCCUGCGCGUGGAUCUCCUCAACGGCGGUCGGACCGCGGGAACGCGCGUGGUUCCGGUGGCCCCGAGGCCGGAUCCGCCGCCCCUUGGCUGGAUCUGGAGGGCCGCUGCGGGUGCUCGCCGGCCGGCGGCCGUGCGCGGGAGCGUUGGUCGCUGCGGGCACGUUCGCAGGGGCGGCGGCGCUGCGGGCGUGGGCUGCUGCAGCGAGGGGGGCGGCGCCGAGGCUUCACCGCCCCUCUACCUGCGACGUGCGGUCGGCGGAGGUGUGCGGCCGGCGACGCACGUGCGGCCGGCGGCGCGCGGGACGGCGAGGCGAGGCGCGCGGGCCGGUGAGGUGCUCGGCCGGAGAGGUGCGGCCGGUGGAAGGCCCUACGCGCGAGUCCGGCAGGGGCCGUGCUGGGCGCGCGUCCGGCGUGGCGAGCGGGCGGCGGAAGCCGUGCUGGGCGCGUGGCCGGCGAUGCGCGCGGCCGGCGGAGGGCUUGAGGGAAAGGUUGCCCUCAUCACCGGAGGGGCAAGUGGGCUUGGGAAGGCCGCGGCCCACGAGUUCAUCCAGGAAGGCGCGGCAGCCGUCGUCAUCGCGGACGUCAACACCAAGCUGGGCCUUGCAGCGGCCGAGGAGCUGCGCCCUCCGGCCCACUUCGCCCGCGACGUCACCGUCGAGGAGGCCGUGGACGCCACCGUCGCGCGGCACGGUCGGCUGGACGUCAUGCUCAACAGCGCCGGCGUCGCCGGCUCGCUGGCCGGCACGUCGAGGGUGGCCGAGCUCGACCUGGCCGAGUUCGACGCCGUCAUGGCCGUGAACGUGCGCGGCACGCUGGCGGGCAUCAAGCACGCCACGCGCGUCAUGGCGGCGCCGGCCGGGAGCACCGGCGGCGGCAGCGGCGGCUCCAUCGUCUGCAUGGCGAGCGUCAGCGGCGUCCUCGGCGGGCUCGGCACGUACCCGUACUCGGUGUCCAAGUUCACCGUCGCCGGGGUGGUGAAGGCCGCCGCAGCCGAGCUGUCACGCCUCGGCGUGCGGGUGAACUGCAUCUCGCCCUUCGCGGUGCCGACGCCGAUGGUGGUGGAGCAGUUCUCGACCAUUCUCUGGGGCGCCGCCGCCGGCGAGGAGCAGGUGGCGGCCAUCAUCAGGGGGCUCGGCGAGCUGAGAGGCGCGACGUGCGAGGAGGUGGACGUGGCAAGGGCCGCCGUGUACCUCGCCUCCGACGACGCCAAGUACGUGUCCGGGCACAACCUGGUGGUGGACGGCAGGUUCACGAGCUACAAGCGCAUGAACCUGCCGUUCCUCUCCAAGCCACAGGAAUGACUACUAGCCAUAGCUGAUGAUGAUCUUGAGCAUUGAGGUGGUGUUUCCUUUCUGUUAAUGUUUUUGUUGUAGAAAACUGCACCUAACCAUGAUAAACAAUAAAGGGAAUGCGUGAAUGAAGGGAAUGCGUGAAUUGUUGAUUGUCGUGAUCUAUGUUUAGAAGGGUUGUUGUGAGACUGACUUUUGAAUGAUUGAAUCUACGAAAAGUUGGUGGAUUCAGUAUAAAAUGGACUGUAUUUGCAAUUCCCGCUUU